AUGAAUGACGAUAUAGAAAAUUCGAAAGUUUUUCUUGUGAAAAAGAAAGAAAAUGACGCCCAUAAAAAAUUUUUUGAUGAUUUAGAAGAAAAAAGUAAAUGCAAAGUUGAUGAAAAUAUGAUAAUUAAUACUUUGGAAAACUGCAAUGACAACGAAGAAAUUCAGUCACUUGAAAAUCUAGUACACCAAUUAGCUAAUUCCAAAGUUGUGGAAUUACCAUACUAUGGUUCUUUAAAAAAACUUAUUGACUUGAAAGAUGAAAAGUCAAUUAUGGAGUUUUUUGAUUAUUGUGCGAAAGUGUGCAUCGAAGAAGAAAAACUUGAGCUCAUGUGCGAAGUUAUUGUUCUACUCCAAGAAUUCAUUGAUAUACCCUUCUACAAGAGUCCGGUGGCCAGGCUUAUAAAACAGCUCACUUACGUUAAGGUUCCAUUAAAAUGGUGUAAAUUAAGAGAAUACCAAUCAGUAAACGAAAAUCUUUAUGGUUACAAGAUUCAUAAUCCAAAGUUGUCCAAAUUUGACAGUUAUCCGGAGGACCCUACUGUGUUCAAUGCCUUAUUUCCACAUAAAAUAAGUCCCUUUGCAAAAUUCAUAAUCACCUAUCCCGACGAAAUAUUUCAAGCUUCUCAUGCUUCCUCUGAAAUAAUUGAUUCUCCAGCUUUUCACGCCAUUAUCAAGUUUAAGUGGCGGAUUGUCCUACCUGUUGUUACUCUAUUCCUGGGGAUCGUCCAAGACGAAAAUAAAAUACUCCCUAUUCUCCAAGCUUUAUCAAUCGGUUUCCUUUGGAUUGGUGCAAUCCAAUUUUUAGUUGCCUUUAGGAGAAUCGGAAUUUUCAUCAUUGGCUUAGUUAUAUUCGCUUCUGCCCACGGAUUAGUGGUUUAUUCCUAUAAAAUAAUUGAAGAAGAAAAUGUGACUGAUGUUGAAACUAAUGCAAAGCUUGGGAAGUUUAAAGAACUUACUCAUUAUACCAAUUCACUCAAUGCUUAUUGGGCGGGGUUUCUAAGUGAUUACAGUUUAUGGCCGGAAGGAGAUCCCUUUAUAUAUAUCGCAAAGGUUGCAUACUCACUCUUUAUAACUGUCGUAAUCCUGAACAUUAUGAUUGCACUUGUAAAUAAUGUCUAUACAGAAGUACUUAAUCGUGCACACACUGAAUGGACCAUGGUACGGGCACAAAUGAUUGUCAUCAUUGAACUCGCUACAAUGACGCCAUCUAAUCGUCAAAAUAGGGAUUAUUUUCCUUGGACCAUAUUUUAUAAAGCUUUCACUGAAGAUGUUGAAAGUUGGCACCAAAAGCUCGAAGCAGAUAAUAUCACAGUUUCACGGAAUAAAAUCCAGAGUUUAGAUGAAAUGGCAGAUGAGAUAGCCAAAAUGAAAGAUGGUGCGAUAAAAACAAAAAUGACAGAUAAAUUAAAUGAAUUGAGGCAAAUCUUCUCAUGA